ACACUCUGUGUGCGGGGGAAGAGAUUGGCGAUGCUGUGUGUGUGUGGUGGUGGGAGAGCGGGGGGCAUAGGCGGCUAUCCUCUUCUCUGGGUUGCAUUGUCUAAAUGAUAUAACUACUAUAGCGUUUCAAAAAUAGCCUAAAUGACAGAUUCAAAAGUACGAUUAAAUUAAUUCAGUCUGUCAAUUGAUUCAAGAAUAAGAUGUCAAUUAACACUUAAAAUCACUACCAACCAAUCAGCAAUUCAACAUUACCUGUCGAAUUCUGUUCCAAUUUAAAUACAAAUCUUACGUCAUUCUUCCAAAUUCAAACUAAUAAAUCCUUUUGACCAGGUGGGGGCAGUGAAGACAUCUGAAAUGGUAUUAAAAAAACAACAACUCUACAACCGGCGGCAAGCGGAAAUAGAACGUUGUACCCACGAACAACCGGUGCACAUGUCAACUGAACCUACCGGUCGGACUUAAUAGUUUUCGUAGAUCAAAUAAUGGCCUAAAAUGGAAAUACAUUAAGCUAUGAAUUGUGCACGGCCGGAGGUGAGCCAGGUUGCAGUGACAUGGUAAUAUUUAGCAAAUGUCAACGGACAGCACGGAACCACAGGAACUACAGUGACUUACCAAUGAGUGGGGAAGAUACUGGUUUGGGGUCUUCGGCCCCAGCGCUGGCGGGGUAUUUGGGCAAAGUUCAAGAAAGAUCAGCGGCACUAGAGAACUGCCCCUGGUGUGCAGCCAAGGGGAUGACAUGUGUUCUCCGGUCCUAUCGAAUUAACUUCCAGGAGUCCAUUACUCUUUGCACAAGUCCUCAGUGUCUUUUCCCUCUGGUCAGCCGACCCUUGGAAGAUGUCCUGGCCUGCCUCGUCCCCCCCGAACCCCAGACGGGGGCCAAGCGAAGGACCCCCUGGGCUCUGGAGUGUGAGGACCCCGUGCCUCGUACCAAGCGCUUGCGGUCCGAGGAGGAGAGUGAAGAAGAGGCUAGUCUACAGAACGGCAAUCCCAUCAGCCAACCGGGACCCACCGACAUGGAGGUCGCGGACCCCCACAAGGAUUCUGAUUGGCUAGCUGCAGAGGAAAUGGACCAGGAAGUAAUGCAGGGGGAUAAAGAGACCGUGACUAUCCCUGAGAAGAUUGCUCCCUCUCCAGAGCAUGUUGGUUUAGACACCAGACUGCUCUCGCCUCCGAAGACUGCUCAGGAUGCGCUUGCACGAGUGCAGACUAUUACUAUCUCAUCAGAGUACGAGUCGGACUCUGAGGUGGAAUUCAUCUGCUCGCAGAAGAACUCAUCUGGACCGCCCAAGGCCCUCACGUCUUCCAUCACUACACCCGCGGCCAUCUUUACCUUGAAGGAAGAGUCGGACUCGGAGGUGGAAUUCAUCUGCUCGCAGAAAAACUCAUCUGGACCGCCCAAGGCCCUCACGUCUUCCAUCACUACACCCGCGGCCAUCUUGACCUUGGAGGAAGAGUCGGCCUCGGAGGUGGAAUCAAUCUGCUCACAGGAGAGCACGUCAGGAACGCCCAAGGCCGUCAUGUCUUCCAUCGCUACACCCGCGGUCGUCUCGACCUCAGAAAACUGUGACUUUCUUCCAGUGAAGGCUAAUAUCACCUCAGAGGCCGUCGUCCAAUCAGAGAGGCGGCGUCUCUCGGAUAGUUUGUCUGAGGAUUGUGCGGAGGGCCAGGCUACGCUGGUGUGUAGGCCCUGCAGCGUUGACCUCAGCCAGAGUCGAUUGGAUCAGUUGGAGACCCUCAUAGAACCAGCACGGGAUGCCACGCAAGCAGCCAAAACGCCACGGCGGUCAAGCGAAAACAUGGAGGACGAGGCUGAAGACGUGAUCCUCAAGGAUGAUGAGCCGAGAUAUGGAGGUGGACUCGAAGAGAGCGAAAGAACAAAAAUAACACCAAGUGUGGACACUCUUGUCAGUUCCAAAGAGCUCGUUGUAGUUUCGCCUUGUCUCUUCUGGAGGAAUACGCCUAACCUCGCCUGGCUGGACAGCCUGUUGGUUGCCAUAGUGAACUGUCGGGCUCUAAAAGAGAAGCGACCCGAGGAGCAACUCAAGACCAAAUCUAGAAACUCAGUGGUCUUGGAUCUGUGUACUAAAUAUGACAGAUGUUGUGCGCUGAUAACCCAGUGUUGCCAAGACGGCAUUAUCAAAGUCCCUGCCAGUUUACUACAGAGGGUAACAGAAGAACUGGAAGCGUUAAGAAUGUUCGUCUUCAACACGCUGAAGCCCAAACUCCAACAGGGUAAGGAGGAUAGCCUGGUGUUUGCCUUGCCCCUCCUCCUCAAGAUGGACUCGUGGGCGGAGCUUAACUUCCUGCCGGUCUUUGAUUGGAAGUGUGUGCGCUGUGGUAAGAUAUUUCGGGUUAAGAAGCCCCUCACCACUUUAAGGACGGUCGUUUCGGAUUGGAACCUGCUCAAGUCUACCGUUAAAGGAAGGUGUUCGACGUGCAAAAGGAACCGAUCACACGAAAAGGAGUUGAUAAUAGAGAGCUUGCCCCCUGUGGUCGCUCUGCACUUUGAGAAGGGCCUGCCUGAUACCGAAGUCGGCAAGUACUCCUUCGACUUCGACCAGUACCACUACCAUGUCACCACCGUCAUACAGUACAGCAAGAAACACAAGCACUUUGUCACCUGGAUAAGGAAACCAAGCGGUUCGUGGCUUGAAUUCGAUGGCCUAAAGCACCCGGACUGCGUCAGUCACCGGGACCUUUCCAUCCCCGCCCAGGACGUCCACAUCGUCUUCUGGGAGAGGGGGGAAAAGAGGGAGAAGCUCCACGAACGCUGGCGCGCCGACCCGGGGGAGACCCAUUCCGUGGCGCCCGGCCUAAACCGUUGCCUCGAAGCCAAAGACUUCUUGGCGCACGAGUCGGACGACCUCUCGCAGGACGACUCGGACAUCGUGGCGGCGCUGACGACGUCAUCGGACCGAGGAGAAGCCGCGGGAGAUCGAGCGGCCUGCGGGGACGCGUCCAUCGGUUCCGCCACGCUGCUCGACACCUUCGAGGGCCUCUCUCACGAUGACAUUGUCACGCUCACUCUGGUGGAGGUCAACGAUGACUUGAAGGGGCAAGUCCCGGCCUCUUCUUCUGCUCCGGAGAAUCGCUGUGCCUCCUCCAGGACCUCCCCCAAACCUGCUCCGCGUGUGACGCCCUCCCAGCCCGGCGAGUUAAUCCUGCCCACAGUCGUGAGUUCUGCCUUCCACCCGUCUGUGGAAACCAAACAACGAGUUUCUCCCGUCUCCUCCACUCCCUCGCUCAAGCCCUCCUCGGCACGGCUCCCCUGGCAGAGGCAAGUGGACAUCAGUCCCCCCUCCGUCAAACCCCACCUGUUGUCCCCCGGUCUUGCCAAGCCCUCUGCCCUGGCUAACAACUCAUCCACGCCCGUAGCCCAGACGAAACCCAAACUGUCCAACUCCUUCUCUGGCUACACACAGACACCACAACCCCCCAGGCCGUCCUUGAAGGUGACUGAAAAUGAAGCACUGCCGUUGAAGGCGGCAGAGAUGUAUGGAGGGUUCUGUGCCAGAAGCACAAAUAAUCCUCCCGCCCCACCUAAACCCGCUGUCAAACCUACGGCCGUGUCUAUGACGUCACUUCCUCUUCGAGGUGUCGCGGAGAACCCUAAAAUCUCAAAGAAACACGGCAGUCAGACCAAGGUUCUGUCCGACCUCGCCGACACAGACUCUCUCAGGCUAAAGCUGCUAAAGAAGCUCAAAGCCAAGAAGAAGAAACUGGAGAAGCUGAACCAAGUUUUGGGACACCAAGGGAGUUUGGGCGGGAAAAGCACUUCUAAACCAGACAGCACAGUCCUGGAGUCCUAUGCAGUCAGCUCCAGCACCUCUGUUUACAACAGCCCGACUUACGACGAGUUCUUCGCAGACCUUCUGUCGCCUGCGACGACCGCUAGCAACCUGUCACCUGACAGCACUGGCCUCGUGGAGAUGGUGACCAAUGGGCAAGAGGGAGGUGGAGACAUGACGAAUGGCGGGGGCGCAAUUCGUGGAGAAUAUCAGGAGAUGGCUGUGACGCCUCAACUGGGCGGUUCCUUCGCACAGCAGGUUGGAGAAGUCCCCAUGACAACCACCAAUAACAACUUCCUGGAAGAGUUUAUAUCUGGGGCAUCGUUGGUGCAGACUGAGAUGGACACAGAAGCCCUCAGUGCUCUUGAUUUGUUCUUUUAGGCCUCAGGUAAAUAAAGUGGUCAGAGACUAGGAAGUGCUGUUGUCGUGACACAGGGACUCACUGAGGUGACUUAUGCAAAGUUGUUUUUUGUUCGAUGUUAACUUGCUGUGUUGGAAGAGUCUGCUGUGUGCAGGACUAGCGCUGAAGUAAAUUGUCUGUUUGUUUGUUUUGUUGUAAUUUAAAAGCAUUAUAAUAACUUUCAUGGUUUUGCUCUUUUUAUUUGUUUGUCUGCAUUACUUGAAAUAAAGUCGUUUUUUUUUUUACUGUC